CCUAAUCGGAUCGGGAGUGCGCCGGUAACGCGAGACCGCGGACCGGAGAACGGCGGGAGGUUCCCGUUACCGCGUCGGUAACCCGAGAGAUAUCCCCCGGGCGCGGCCUCGGACUCGGACUCGGAGAGCCGAGGGCCGGCUCUAAAAAUAAGCGGCUCCGCUCCCCCGGGAGGAGAUGCCCCGCCGGCGGUCCUAACCUCUCGCGACCCGACGGCCACCGUGGAGCCGAGGAAGAGGACGGCGCCGGCCGCCCGCUCCGGCCUGGACACCGGCGAUGAGGCGAUGAUGGCCUACGGGGGAGCGGCGCCGGGGCCGACGCCGGGCCCGGCGGCGGCGCCCAUCGACGUCCUGGCCUCCGCCACCGACUACAGCCCUCAGGGCACGCCGACGGCUCUGGGGCCCAUGGACGCGCCCGGGUCCUACGGGCCGGGCGGCGCCUACAGUCCCCAGGACAGUCCCGCCAGCUCCGCGGGCGGCGGCGCGGCCGGCCCGGCCGGCUCCGCCGCCGCCGCCCCCUCCGCCCCCGGCAACGGCGCGCUCUCCAGCUUCGGCUUCACCCAGGAGCAGGUCGCCUGCGUCUGCGAGGCGAUGAUGUCGUCUGUCCAGGUGCUGCAGCAAGCGGGCUCCCUCGAGCGGCUGGGCCGGUUCCUCUGGUCGCUGCCGCCCUGCGCGCGGCUCCAUCGGCACGAGAGCGUGCUCAAGGCGAAGGCCCUGGUCGCCUUCCACCACGCCAACUUCAAGGAGCUGUACCGCAUCCUCGAGAGCAACACCUUCAGCCCCCAGAACCACAACAAUCUGCAGACCCUGUGGCUCAAGGCGCACUACAUCGAGGCCGAGAGGCUGCGCGGCAGACCCCUCGGCGCCGUCGGCAAGUACCGGGUCAGGCGCAAGUUCCCGCUCCCCAGGACCAUCUGGGACGGCGAGGAGACCUCCUACUGCUUCAAGGAGAAGUCGCGGAGCGUCCUGAGGAAGUGGUACACCAACAACCCCUACCCCUCGCCCAGGGAGAAGCGCGAGCUCGCCGAGAGCACCGGCCUGACCACCACCCAGGUCAGCAACUGGUUCAAGAACCGGAGGCAGCGCGACCGGGCCGCGGAUCACAGCAGCCAGCGGGAGGACAAGAGCCAAGGGGGAGGGCCGGGGGACUCGAGCAGCGAGAGCGGCGACGACGCCCGGAGGCAGGCCGUCGGCCAGCAGCAGCAGCAGCAGCAGGUCCAGCAGUCGGCGUGCGCGGUCCAGCAGCAGCAGCAGCAACAGCAGCAGCAGCAGCAGCAAAUGGUGGACCACCCGCAGUCCUCCGGUAUGUACCACCUCCCGCUUCCGGUCUCCGUGUCCGGCUCGCACUCCUACCACCAGGGACACGGCUCGACCUUGAGUCACCCGCACGCCUCCUCCCACCACGUGCAGCACCACGACGCCGGGAGCGAGAGCGGCGACGACAAGAGGAACCUCCACCACCAGCUGCAGGGCCACCUCCAGCCGGGCGGCCAGGGCGGCCAGGCCGGGCAUGGCGUCCACGGCCUCGUCCACCCGACCGCCACCCUGGCGCCCCCUCCGCCCAGCUGCGCCCAGCAGAAGAGCCAGCUGGACUACAUCCCGUACUACGGGCCCCAGGACUACCUGAUCGGCACGCCGACGUCGGCCGAGCUGCAGAAGUCGCUCCCGCACAUGGCGAGCUCCAUGCAGAUGGGCGCGAUCGCGCCCUCCGUCGGCGGCCUCGGCCCCAUGGGCCCGUCCUCGGUCCUGCCCAACGCCAUGCAGGGCGUCAACUCCAUGAACGCCGUGACGAUGAACGGGACCGGCAUGGCUGCCUACCCUGGGAUGGGCCCCACCGGCAUGACGACCUCGCACUCCGGCUACCCCAGCCCCGUGGUCCUGGGGGACUACCACACCUUGUGACACUGCGCGUGACCCUGGGCGCAGAGCGGCGCUGGCGAGGGAGACCCAUCCUCGGUAAGGAGGAGCUAGGCCCCUGCAUCCGGCGCCUCGGAGAAGGACGCCGCUUCCCGGUGGAACCUCACCGUGCA